AUAAUGACACGAUCCAACCUCUCUCCUUUUUCUCAAACCUGAAUUUCUAACGCACGUCUCAGCGUGCUUGGUAAAAGACAAUACUAUGGCCAACCAUGAGAUCCUUUUGCCAGAAACUGUAGAGCAAACCAUGAAUGGUGUACUACUCCUUAUAAGCAUGCCAUCCAAGUCCGACGAUUCUCUCCAAAAUACUGAACGUUUAGAAGAAUUUUUCUAUCACAUCGAAAGAAUUCUUGACCUUUCGUUCCAUAUGGUGGACAAUGUUUUACUGGGUACUGAUCCUCCUCAUCAAGACCCGGAGAGACAGGAUUUUGAGGGCUACAGCUACAACGGCUCAGAUGAUCCAUCGGGCAAACUCCACCAAAUUUCGUCCGAGCUGGCUGCAUGCAAGGCUCCUGGUGGGGGAAAUGAACUCAAAACAACAAUUUCCAUACUAAACAAGCUCUCAAGCUGUUCAUGGGCUGAGAAGGCAGUGCUGGUAAUAGCGGCCUUUGCUUUGGACUAUGGAGAUUUCUGGGGCCUUGCACAGUCAAAUGACGCUCUGGACCAUCUGGCCGAGUCAGUGGGGAUCACAAACCGUGUACCUGCCAUGUCAAAAUGCCCAGACCUUAAAAAAUGCCAGAGAGUGAUUGAGGUGCGCAAGUUGAUCGAGAACACGUUGGACGUAAUAAGAUUAAUUGUAGACUUGGAAGGGACAUCUAACUUUGCGGAAAAGCACUACAGAAAUAUGCUUGCAACCGAAAAUUUGGCAAAAUGUAUCCCAGUGCAUGUCUUUUGGGCUAUCAUAACUGUUGUUGCUUGCACGACUCAAAUGUAUUGCCUUAGCAGUGAUGAGGACAAGACACUGGAACUAUCGCCCUUGUCAGAGAAGAUGAACAGCACCCGGGACAUAAUAAAGACGCAGAUAGAAGAAUUCGAUCAACAAGCAGAGGAAGUGAAGAAAUAUUGGGAAAGGAGGGAACUUCCAGAAACACCUACAAAAAUUGUGGAGGCUUUCAAGGCAAUGGGUGGGAGUUGUAUUAUUCACGGUUCUCCCAAAAAAUUGCUGAAUAUCGAUGUGCUGAAAAAUAAGAAUGUUUUAUUGUUCAUUUCGGACGUCAUGGACAUCUCCGUUAAAGAAAUCUCGAUUUUAAAGCCCAUAUUUGAUGGGAUAAGAGAUCUGGAUGAACCGUAUGAAAUUGUAUGGAUCCCAAUAGUGGAGCAUUGGACCGAUGAGAUGCAAGCGAAGUUCGAGAUGUUGCAGAACAACAUGCCGUGGUACAUAUUGCAGCGUUUUCCAUCAACAGUAGACAUCCAGAUCAUUACGAAUGAAUAUUGCAGCUUAAAGAAUAAGCCUAUCGUCGUGGUGAUAAACCCACAAGGGGAGGUGAAGCAUCCAAAUGCUCUCCGCAUGAUUCAGCUAUGCGGAAUGAAGGCCUUCCCUUUCACGGCGGGAGCUGAAAAAGAGAGAAUACCUGAAGGACUGCAUUUUCGAUAUAGGGCGUUCCGCAUGCCAUACACUGGCCCGAUGCUGGAUAACAAGAAUUUCACUUUCAACUAUGGAUUUGCCGACUUCAACUUGGAGGAAAGAUUUACUAAUAAUUUAAAUAUAAUUUGUGAGUAUCUAGCUUCAAAUAGUGAUCCGGGCAUUCGGAUAAAUAGGAAUUUGAUUGGACAAAGCAAGGAUGUCCAGAAUCUAGUGAAUGCGAAUCAACCGGAUCCCGAGGAGUUGUUAAGUUCCUUCCAAAGUGACGGUGGAUGGGUUGUGCUCUGCAAAGGUAAGCCUGGCAAGAUAGUAGUCAGUGAUCAGGGCACAACAAUUUUGAAUGUCUUGGAAAAUUUUGACCAGUGGAAAGAAAAGGUGAGACGUUUUGGCUUCGAUUGUUCUUUCAUGGCUUGCUACGAAGGAAGAAUUUAAAGGCGCCUACCAGGAAAUUGACAUCUCAAUUGUUAAUGUUGGAAGAUCGUGAUCUAGUGUAUGAUGUUUUUUUCGUUUGCAUUUGUUAUUGUAACCAUUCCGCCACUUAUGUUAGGAAGAUUAAUGAUAUGCACGUAGUAUGCAUGACAUCUUGACUACGUUGGUAAUAAGCAGUGGCCAAUGUUAUGGAAUGGAUCAUCAAUGUAGUUUUUUAAUGUUGUUGUACGUGUAGCAAUUUCAGACGUUUUUCAUGCUCAAAACUACUUUGCAUGUUUUGUUGAAA